AGUGUCCCCAUGGAGCCCUUCUCUCUAGUGCUUUACUGCUCGCCCCUCGAACCCUCCGGUUUCUGGCCAUUAAACACCAAAACAGCCCCUUGUAUUUGGGAUUGGCACUCCCCAAAACCACCGGCACCUCGCAUGCCGUUUUCUCCCACUCUCCUCUAUAAAUCCUAAGGCCACCUUCCGCUCAAUAGAGCACCGCAGUCUUCCUCUAUUUUUCAUCAUCUUUUCAAGCUUAUUAGCACCAGCUCCGAGAGAGAGCAGUGAUGGCUUCUGCAAGCAGGGCAUCUUGGGUCGUGGCCGCCAGUGUUGGGGCAGUGGAGGCCCUCAAAGAUCAAGGGGUGUUGUGUAGAUGGAACUAUGCCUUCAGGUCUCUACACCAGCAGUCCAGGAGAAGCAUGGGCUCAUUAUCUCAGGCUAUGAGGAUGUCUUCUUCCAUCAGUGCUGAUAGAAGAAACAAAGGGGAGGAUGAGAGAGCUAAGCAGUCUGAGGAGUCCUUGAGGAAAGUCAUGUACCUGAGCUGUUGGGGACCCAACUAGCUAGGGAGAUGCAAGUCCUUGUAAACCAAGUAUGAGAAUUGUUAUAUAUCUUGUGAAGAAAAAAAAAGAAAAAAAAGCCUUCUUUAAUUCGCCUU